AGACCAGCCACUCGGCAAAGGAGGUGCCGCCCAUGAUCGAGUUCUGCGCGAAGGCAAUGUAUUCAGAGGUAUGAAGCACGGUGCAUCAUCAUGGUUCCGGGCAAUAGGGUGGGGUAGUUUACACAAAGAAAGGGGCGCCCCGUCCACAGACACAUAGCGACAGGGGUGAAAAAAGGGCUCAUCCAGGCAGGCAGGCACACUGAAUGGCUGCAUGGCAUGCAGAACACGCACACACGGUCGCUCAUGACAAAAACGAGGGCAUCGAGUUUGUGCCGCCUCGCAGGAGACAGAGGUGGAGACAUACAGAGAGAGAGAGAGAGACCUCAUGCACACCCACACCACACCCACACACACAUACGCGCCGCACCCACCCCGACACAGACACCUCGCACCACACACCACACACAGAGGUCCUCACAUCAAACUGACUGACUGACUGUCGCAUACCAUGAUGUGUUCCGCAUACACCCAGGUCACCUCACCUCGACGUCUAAAGGUGUGCCUCACCUCACUCACUCAGUGCAUACAGCACCCCGCCCCAUCCCCCUCACUCACCACACCCUGCAUCUGUGUGGCUGUUUGCCCUUGAGCAUGGCGUGGGUCUUGGCCUGACAGAAGGCCUCGUCGAAGGGCUCAAAGUUAUCCAGUGAGCCCUUGACACGGAACUCGCCGGGCGAAUGGGGGUCGUUCUCCACUCGCCUGUUUCAGACACACACACACACACACAGAGGGAGAGGGAGAGGGAGAGAGAUGGUGUGUGUCGGGGGCGCAGUGGUGUGGUGUGCUGUGGUGUGUGUUGACCAGAGAGUGAGUGCACUCGCUGACGCACCUACCUUCUGAGUGUCUCGGGUGUCUGCUUUGAGCACCAUAGCUGUGCGAAUGAGAGGAAGAAUAGCUGCUGCGCCGUGUAGGGCAGCCCGGGAAGGGGCCGGUGCGACAACGCCUCCUCGCCCUCCGCCUUCAACAAAGCUCUGCAGUGCACCACCACACACACACACACCACAGCCCACACAGCAAACCACACGCGCCUGGUGCACAUCCGGGUGUCUGUGUCUGUGUCGGUGUGUGAGCGUGCCUGUAUGCGAGUCGCAGUCCGCCGUUGUCGGCGAUGUUUUCGCCGAGCGUGAGGUUGCCGUUGAGAUGGAUGCCGCCGGGGAUGGCGAAACUCCCAUACUGAGACGCCACACAAUGGGUCGACGCCCGAAACUUAUCCUGAGCGGUGAGAGUUACCACACACAGCACAGAGACGGAGGCGUGGCGUGGUGUCUCGGGGGUCAGUCACUUGAUGACACACAAGGAAAUCUCUGACUCACUGACCUUUGACGUCUGAGACCACCAGGACACGAGCUUCCCCUGCCCGUCGAAAGACGACCCCGAGUCGUCAAACGCAUGGGUCAGCUCGUGGCCAAUCACCGCACCCAACGCGCCAUAGUUCACAGCCUGGCCAUGCACACAAUACACCACACACACGACCAUUCACACCAACCACAGACACACAGCUUGCAGCCCUUUGUCUCUCCCCCAAGAAGCCACCCACCCUGAGGGCGCGGAUUUCGUUUCUCCUGGCUGUGUCGCUGUUUUCGUUGCCGACGUUGAGGAAAGGCGGCUGCAGAAUGGAGGCGGGGAAGACGAUCUCGUUGAGGUCGGGCGAGUAGUAGGCGUUGACGUCGAUGGGCGUCAUCCCCCACAGAGAACGGUCCUCGGGCCGGUGCAGCUUCGAGUAGCUGAACCGAUGCUGUUGGCACGCGCACACACACACACACACACACAGAGAGAGAGAGAGAGAUGACAAGAGGGUGGGUGUGGGUGUGGGUGGUGGGUGGUGGGUGCGGUGCGUACAGAUUGUUUGUUGAGGUGGGCGGUUCCGCUGAGAAGGCUUUUGAGUUUGGCCGGCUGUGGGUUGCCGUAGAAUCGCGCGAAGUAGAGGUGCUCGUCCUUGCUGAGCAGCCAGUCGGGGUAGCCCACCUUGGCCGUGAUCUCGCUCUCCUUGUCCAAAGCCUUCUGUCUGCAGACAAGGGGAAUACCCACACACACCACAGACAGACAGACAGACAGACAGAGUGAGAGAGGUCGAAGGAGGGAUGCACGCGACCCUGCGCGUGUCUCUCUCUCUCUCUGUUUGUUUGUUCGUUUACUUGGUGUCUUUGUCCAUCCACUCUAUCUCCGCCAAGUUCUCGCGGAAGGCCUCGCGGAUGCCGCUCAUUAUCUCCAACGCGAGCGUCUGCACAGUACAGCCACCCGAACAGCACAAUGAGUCCAUCCAUCCAUCCCAUCCUUGGACUGGAUGCACACACACACACACUCAUUCUCAUUCUCACCUUCCUCAGGGGAUUGAAGUGGUGCCGGAUGAAGUUGCGACUCAAUAUCUGACAAUCCCUCCCCACACCCACCACCCAAUGGUACUCGCUCGUCGGUCUCUCUCUCUCUCUCUCUCUCUCCAUCUCUAUCUCUAUCUCACCCAUCCGACGGCGUCUGCUGUGGCGGACAGGCAAGUGCGCCAUCUCGGGGGCGGGUCGGAGCCCGUCAGGAUCUUCCGAAACGAGUGGAACUCCUUCCGCCACUCAGCCGACAACGAGCCGCCAUACCUGCACACACACACACCAAACACCGUUUCUCCAUCUCGUCGUGUGUUGUGUGUGCUGAGCCAAUGGAUGGCAUACGCGCGCAGAGUGCGUGCGAGGAAGUAGUAGUGCAGGGUGGGCCUCUUGCGUCUGUCGCUGAGGUACUUAUGGAGGAGGGCGUUAAGUUUGGUGAGAUGGGGGCGGCUCUGGAUGAGCACCUCGGCGUCGGGCGUAAAGGCCUCGGCGAGCUCCUCGUCGCUCAGGGAGAGGUCAUCCUUGUCCGCAAACACCUUGUAAUACGCUAAACAGACACACACACAGAGAUCGAUCUCUCCCUCUCUCUCUCUCUGGGGGGGGAGGUUUCAUGGUCCCUCGCUGACCAUUCCAAUCGAAGACGGGCAUCCACUCCUGUAUUGCUGACAGGUUGCUCGAGAAAGUGGUGUUCCAGGGGUCCCUCUGCUGCUCGGGCGACAGAUGGAUCCCAUGCAGCUGCCUCUCGAACUCCACCACACCCUCAGCUACGCGCGUGUAGUUGACCUCCGAAGCGCUGUCCUCCCCCCGACGCACCCUCUCGUCGAUGGUGGCGUAGGUGUCAUUGGUCGUGUCGAUGAGAGAAGCGGCCGGCGGCUGCUGUGUCGGGAGAGAGAAGGGGGAGGGGAGGGAGGCAUUGUGGGCGGAGGGGAGGGCCUCGAAGAAGAGUCGGAAGAGGGUGGCGAGGUGGCGCGUGUAGGCAGCAAGGAUGUCUGGCUGGAAGUAGUGGGAGUAGCUGAGCCCCAGGCCGCCCUGCGCCACGCCGAGGGUGUUGUUGUGCGAGGGGUGGAGGUUGUUGUAGGUCACCCCGGCUGUCAGCACCCCCUCCACCCCCCACCGAUGAAGGUGCGCCAUCCGCACACUCAGCCCCUGCCCCUCCCCCUCUCUCCCUCUCACCAUGCCCUCGUCCGCCUCGAUCUCGCCCGGCCACAGCAGCAGAAACCCCAGUUCGGGCUGCUUGCUGAGGAAGUUCAGCAGGGGGGCCGCCCCGAGAGAGUCAAGCUUGUCGGUGUCCAUGCAGGCCUGGUAGUAGCAGUGGAGCAUCCCGUCCCAGCCGUCAGUCGCGUAGUGGGUGGCGGCGGCGCUUUUGGCUUUGAUGACCGUCGUGCUGGUCUUGCCACCGCCGCUGGGAGAGGGGCUGUGCGAAGGGCUGGUGGUGGUGCCGCUGCUGCUGCACUGGCCGGACUCUAACAGAUCCU